AUGUCUAAGGUGUGGCUGAUUACUGGGUGCUCGAGCGGCUUCGGCAGAGAGAUCGCCCUCGCAGCAGCCAGACGGGGAGACACCGUUGUAGCCACGGCACGCGACGUGUCCAGGAUCGAAGAUCUCGAGAAACUCGGCCUCAAGAUCGUCAACAAAAGGCUCGAUGUGCUGGACAGCGACGAGCAGGUGAAAGAGACCAUCGCAGAUGUCGUCAAGACCCUGGGACGCAUCGAUAUCUUGGUCAAUAAUGCAGGCUAUAUCCUGGAGGGCGCCAUCGAGGAAUGCAGCACGGACGAGGUGCAGAAGUGCUUUGCCACAAAUGUCUUCAGCCAGAUGACACUCAUCAGAGCUGUGGCUCCGUACAUGCGAGCCCAGGGCAGCGGCACCAUCGCUAACCUGGGCUCCAUCGCCGGCUGGAACGGUACCCCGUCCGCAGGCGUGUACUGCGCCACAAAGGCUGCAAUCGCCAUGUACACCGAGUCCCUCAGGGUCGAGCUCGCGCCCUUUGGCAUCGACGUCACCUCUAUCGAGCCGGGGUACUUCCGCACGCAAUUUCUCACAAGCGGGAACAGGACCGUUGCGCACAACAGGAUCCCGGAGCUGUCGUCGACCACGGACCACACAAAACGCCAGCUGGACGCGUACAACAAAAAACAACCCGGUGAUCCCGUCAAGGGUGCAGCUGUCAUUGUCCAGGCCUUAACCAAGUCGGGGGUAUGCGAGGGACGGGAGCUGCCGGUGAGAUUGCCGUUGGGCAAGGAUGCCGUCCGCUACAUCAACGAGAGCUUGAGGAGCAACAAGCAGGCCCUGGACGACUGGGAGGCGGUUGUCUCUUGUACCAACUGCGAUGAUGUCGAGUAG